UUUAUCUUUUUUAUCCUCCACACGAAUUUAUAAUCAUGUUCUUCUCUCUUUGAUCAUUGAUUUCUUAAAAAGAAGAAAAAACUUAUUUUUAGGAGGAAAACGAAAUAAAUGCGACAACAAUUUUCUCUAAUGUAAUUCACACCCGACGUGUGAAGCUGCACAACCCAUGUGUGAUGUAAUGAUUUAACAUGAACAAUAAUCAUAACACAAGCUAGCACUUUUUUUUUCAAAGAGAGAGGUGAGAGAAAGGAUUCUCUCUUCUCUUUCUUCCCGAAACAAACUUUCACUCGUAGAUUUCUUUGUGUUCUUCGCUCCGGUGACCGGCGGUGCUUCUCUGGCCGUCGGUCGCCACCUCCAUCCUCUAGUUCCUCUCAACCUCUUCUCCUGGUGCUAAACGGCAUGUCCCCCUCCUCUUUGCUUAAGUAUCUCUGGUUUACGGUCGGGUUGCGGCCGGACUCGGCGGUUCAAAUCGGAAGCUCGGGUGUGUGCUCGGUUUCUCUGGAGUGCUGGCGAGGUGGAGGAUGGUCGGAUUAACUCAGGAAGUGCCAUCUUUGGAGGUAGAUCUGAGAUCCGUUUGCUAGAUCUGGGUCAGAUUUGGCUCGGAGUGUUCGCCGGUGUGCUUAGCGUCGCUGCCUCUGCUCGUCUGGCGUGUACUCUGAUGGUUGCUAUGCUUCCUCACGGCUCCUCUCUCUCCCUUGAUGGUGGCUCUCGUAGAACUUCCCGUCUGGAUCCCCGGAUCUCAGAUGAAAUGACGAGUUGAGGUUCUCGCCUGGGACUUCUCUGGUCGAUUUUUCCUUUCAGCUUAGCUGUUCGGCGUUUUUACGCAGACUGUAGAUGGGAGCUCCGGCUCCUCUGUUUAUUUACCUUCCAGAAAGAAGUUGUUCGUUGUGCUCCAUGCCUCUCCCUUAGUUAUGAAGCGUGAUUUUUUUAGUGUCGUCUAGGUGUGAAGGGACCGGAGUCAGGAGCUCGAACCUCCGCUUGUUUCCCCUAGUCACAACUCGCGCUUACCUGUGCGCUUCUCUUCCUCGGUUUUGGACUCACAAGGUGCCGACUUGCUAGCUUCUGGAGUCACCAGCGUCUGGAGUGGACUUCUUUAUGUGAUGGCCGGACCAGGACCUAGUCACCCCUGCUUCGCCUGUUGCUAGUUUGAAGUCGCCUUCGGGACAAUAUGCGGGUCCUCGUAUUGUUCUCCGGCUGUUCUGCUCUGUUGAUCAUCACUCUUGUUGCAGAAAGAAAGCAAUCAAUGGAGAGGCUAAACUCGAAGCUGUAUGUGGAGAACUGUUACAUAAUGAAAGAGAAUGAGAGGCUGAGGAAGAAAGCUGAGCUUCUGAACCAAGAAAAUCAACAGCUUCUGGUUCAACUCAAACAGAAACUCUCCAAGACUAACAAGAACCCUAAUGGAUCAAACAAUGACAACAAUAUCUCUUCAUCAAGCUCUGCUUCUGGACAAUCCUGAAUUAUAAUUAAGAAGUGUUAGAGAAAAGUUCUGGAUUUGGAAGAACAAAUUAGACUCAACCGUAUGGACUUUUUCUUUGGUUAUUUGGUGUUAAUUUAGGGAAGAUAGUAGUAGUAUCCAGUAUUUUGUUAAUGAAAGGAGAUUCUCUUCUAUUACAAGAAGACAGUGUCUCUGUGUUUGGCUUCUCAGUCAUAUUUUACUUUGUUUUUAUUUUCGAUGUUAAUUAAAGAUCUUUCUUUGCUUUCUUGUGUGGGGCUUGGGUUUUAGGAUAUGGUUGAUUCUUGGACUAACAUUGUACCUCUGCUCUACUUAUCAAAUAUUUUGUCAAGUCCAUAUCUGUCAAUUAAUUUCUCAAAUGUAUUCAGUUUCUUAUAAGAAAAAAUAAAACAAAUGUCCUCUUA